AUGCCAAAAUCACCGUCUAUCGUGUUUAUUGCCAGACAUGGCGCCCGUCUCGAUGCUGCGGAUAAAGAUUGGCAUUUGACGGCCCCAGAGCCCUACAAUCCACCCCUCUCCUACGGUGGCUGGAUGCAAGCGCGUGCGCUCGGUGUACGCAUUUCUAGUCUUCUCAGGAAUCGGGAUUUCACCGGACAGGAGCCCCAGAGUCAGCGCAAACAUCAUCCGACCUCGGAUACCCAGGCAAAACCCACCCCCGCAUCCUCGGACCUGUCCCACCGAUAUAACGUCAUUGUCCAUACCUCUCCAUUCCUUCGAUGUCUACAAACCGCAGUAGGGGUUAGUGCUGGUAUCAACCAGCAACCUCCGACCACAGGGACACCCGGGGCGACCAGCCCAUUUCCUACUAUCCCGGAAACCUCAAGCCCCGAUACACGAUGCUUGAUCCGUGUCGACGCUUUCCUAGGCGAAUGGUUGUCACCAGACUAUUAUGACCAGAUCACGCCCCCACCGGGCUCAGAUAGGAUGGUGGCUUUUGCAAAAGGGGAACUGAUCCGACGGGCCGAGGUCAUUCCAGCCGCGGAUGGGUCGACGCGGGCGCUGGCAGGUCAUUUCCCAGGCGGCUGGGGCAGUCAAUCCCACCCUACCUCGCCGGCCGAGGAUGAGGAGCGAAAUUUGCAACCGGCCCCUGAACAUGGUCAGCGCCAGCGCUCGAGCACGCACGAUACGCUACAGAAUCCCACCAAUACCAAACGUGUCAAGACAGCUCUAGGUCGCUUGAACACAGACUUGCCGUCUACCCUCGACGCAUCCUACGUACCCCCCACUCCUAGCUAUGCUGUCUCUGCCUCAGACCCCAUACCUACAGGCUACGUUGCCCACGCGCGCAAUGCGUGCACCAAAAUCGACUAUCAAUGGGACAGCAUGCGCACCCCAUACUGGGGUACAGGGGGUGAGUACGGCGAAGAAUGGAGUACCAUGCACGAACGCGUCCACGAUGGUUUCCAGCAUAUGAUUAACUGGUACCGAGAACAGGAUACUCCAGCCCACUCAAUGCAGUCCGGCCCCGACGGGGAUGCAGUGGAAACGGAACCAGAAACGGUCCUCAUCCUCAUCACCCAUGGCGCAGACUGCAAUGCAUUGAUUAGCUCACUGAACGGACACUCGGUUCUUGUUGAUAUUAACACAGCUUCGCUUACUAUGGCUGUGCGACGCGACCGACUCAAUCACCCCGCAGAAACGGAUCCCAUGCCAUCUUCGGGGCCAGACAACCAAUCGGUGUCACGGGAAUAUUCCCUGCAGUUUGUGGCGUCGACUGAUCACCUGCGUCCGGGCAUCAACCCCUCACAGCUGACCUCGCUGGUAUCUCCCUCCACGGCAGUUGCGCCGCCGGUGUCUUCGGUGUCUACUUAUCGAAAUCGCAUUGGCGCUCGGCCAUCACUCCAAGCUUCGUAUACCAAUGGGCCCUCCCCUAGCUCCAGUUCCAGCCCCCGUGGAUGGACGCUCGCGAUGCGCCCGUCCACGGCGUCUCGUGGGGCGGGUGGGCUCUGGGGCUCGGUCGCCGAGAAAACAGCCGACCUCGAAGACGACUUCGCGCCGGAGUUUGGAGAUCGCUCAACCAGCCAAGACCCGACCAUUCCUGAUCGGGCUGAAGAUCGUGGCUGGGUCAAGCAGCUACCACAGCGCACCCAGUCCCAACGUGGUCUCUGGGGAAGCGCACAAGAGGAUCGCGAAGGGGGCACGAAACGACGAUGGACAGUAACGGAACAAAAACUUUGA